AUGGACAGAACAAAAGAAUUUUUACUGCUAGCUGGCGCUGCAAACAUUGUACAAAAGCCUCCCAUCCCAUCAGAAGACAGCUCCCUUAUUACCAUUGCAGCGAUAGAAGAGAGCUUGAACGCCCUGGAAAGCGCUGUAAAUCAAAAAAAAGCGCCAUGCAAAGACUUAAUUGACCAAGUUGAGAGCUUUCUUGGAACGCUUUCCGAGCAGCACGCCGAAGUGGACAUCUCAACAGAGAUCAGCCAAAGCAUAGCAAAGGCCAUGCAGAGAAAGCACACAGCAAUGAUGCUCCGGCUAACAAGCAUUCUCAGCAGACACAAGGAAAACGAGCAGAGAAAAGCUGCGCUCAUGCAGAUGGAAGAGCAGGCAAAGAGCAGAGGCCCUGGAAGAAGCCCACACCAAGAGUCAGGCUAUGCGCACCGCGAGAUCCAAAGAGAGGAGAUCAGCAGUGUAAGAAAGCGAGAGUUUGAGUCUCUCGAGCAGCACAUAAACGAGCUAGGCCGGAUGGUCACCGAAGUCUCCAUGCACAUAUCACUGCAGGGCGAAAAGGUCGAAAUGAUCGACGGGCUGUUCACAAAAACAAAGUCAAACCUGCGCGGCGGAUCCUACGAGCUCAGAGGCGCACAGGAAAAAGUAAACCAAAAAAGAAAAACCAUCAUUCUCGUAUUCCUAGUGCUGUUUGCAAUACUCCUUAUUAAGUACCUUAGAUGGAUAUAA